AUGUCAGAAAAACAAGAAUUAGAAGUAAAACAUCAACAAUCAAAUUCCCAUUCUCAUUCUCAUUCCGAACACACACAUUCUCAUGCUGGAGGUAGUAUAUUGCAUCAUCAUCAUUCAAUGCAUGAACCAAACGAAUUUUUAUCAGCUAGUGCUUCUUCAAUAAAAUCAAAUCCAGCGGUAAGAAUUACAUGGAUUGGAUUAUUAGUAAAUAUUGGAUUAGCUAUAUCGAAAGGUGUUGGUGGGGUUGUAUUUCAUUCACAAGCUUUAAUUGCAGAUGCCAUUCAUUCAGUAAGUGAUAUGUUGGCUGAUUUUUUAACAUUAGCUACAGUAAAUGUUGCAGCUAAAGUUGGUACUCCUACAAAAUUUCCUUUUGGUUAUGGUAAAAUUGAAACUAUAGGAUCACUUGCUGUAAGUGCCAUAUUAUUAUUUGCAGGUAUAUCAGUUGGUUGGUCUUCAUUAUUACAAGUUUUUGAAUUUGUUUUACCAACUCAAUUAUAUGAAAUUGCUGCAAGUAUUCAAAUUGGUCAUAAUCAUACUCAUACAGAUUUAGGUAGUAAUUCCGAACAUUCUCAUUCUCAUUCUCAUACACAAACUCCAAUUGGGACUGAACUCACAACUCAUAGAGAAAUUCCAAAUAUUAAUGCAGCAUGGUUAGCAGCUGGUUCAAUUAUAGUUAAAGAAAUAUUAUAUCGUAAAACUUUAAAAAUUGCACAUGAAACAAACUCAAAAGUAUUGGUAGCUAACGCAUGGCAUCAUAGAGUUGAUUCAUUAACUGCUGUUGUUGCAUUAUUAACAGUAGCAGGAGGAGUUUUAUUUAAUGUUGCAUGGUUAGAUUCAAUUGGAGGUAUUGGAGUUUCAAUUUUAAUUAUUAAAGCCGGUUGGGAUUCAAUGAAAGAAGCAUGGUAUGAAUUAAUAGAUAGAGGAGAACAACCAGGAUCUGAAAUUUAUAAUAAAGUUGAAAAUAUAAUAAAAUAUGAAUUAGAAAGUAAUGAACAAUUAAAACAAUUUAAAUUAAAACAAUUAUCGGUAUUGUCUUCUGGUGCUAAUACAAAUAUAAAUUUUACGUUACUUACUAGAAAUAAAUCAAUUGAUUUGUUAACUAUAAAUAAAUAUGAAAAAAUAUUAGCUGAUUUAAUUCAUGAAGAUGAUAGAUUUGUUAGAAAUGUUGGUAUAAAAUUUGAAGUAGAAGAAGAAGUACCUGAAGAACAAGAAGAACAAAAUUCGCAUUCACAUCAUCAUUAA